CAGGGUUAAAGGGGCGCCCGCGGGUCGCCGCCGCUCGGCCUCGGGGAGACAAAGCGCCCUCUCGUCGCCGCCCCCCCCGAGCGGUUUCGGGCCAUGGGCGGGACAGAUCGUCGUGCUGGUCCCACAGCCAGGCUCCCCAGCACCGGCUACACACUGGACACUCAAAUCCAGACAGAAGCCCCCACACCCCCUGCUCCGGAGCAGGCAUGACUGAUCCAGAUGAAGAGCUAGAGGUCCAGAGAGGCUGACUGUGUGCCCCUGAGGUGACCCAACUUGGAGACUGUGAGCCGACCUGUGAAGGGAGUGAGCAGAACUGGGUGGGGCAGCCUGUGGGAACAGGUUGCAGCUCCUCGCGGCCAUGAAGCUCAACGAGCGCAGCCUGGCCUGCUACGCGACCUGCGAUGCCCCAGUGGAUAACGCGGGCUUCCUGCACAAGCGCGGCGGCCGUGGGGCCGGCUCGCACCGGCGCUGGUUCGUGCUGCGGGGCAACAUCCUCUUCUACUUCGAGGCGGAGGCCAGCCGCGAGCCGCUGGGCGUCAUCCUGCUGGAGGGCUGCACGGUGGAGCUGGUGGAUGCCCGGGAGGAGUUCGCCUUCGCUGUGCGCUUUGCCGGGGGCCGAUCCCGGUCUUACGUGCUGGCCGCCGACAGCCAGGCAGCCCUGGAGGGCUGGGUGAAGGCACUGUCCCGGGCCAGCUUCCACUACCUGCGCUUGGUGGUGCGCGAGCUGGAACAGCAACUGGCUGCCAUGCGCGAGGGAAGCCCUGCCAACGCCUUACCUGCCAACCCGAGCCCUGUUUUGAACCCGAGACCCAAGGAGAAUGGCUGGGUAGUGUGGAGCAUGCUGCCCCAGCAGCCCGCGGUAGCCCCCCAGCGGCCGCCACUGCCACCUCGCCGCAGGGCCUCGGCGGCCAACGUCCCCUUGGCAUCCUUUGCCCAGCUGCAUGCGCGAUAUGGACUAGAGGUGCAGGCCCUCAGGGACCAGUGGCGCGGAGGCCAGGCCGCCCUAGCCAGCCUAGAGGUCCCCUGGCAUCCUGGUUCUGCUGAGACUCAGACCUAGGACCAGCCAAUCCCAAGGGGACGUAGUGGGUGUGAGGUAUUCCAUGUACACAGGUCUGUAGAAUGGCCUGUAUGCAAGCCAGGCUCCCAGGGGACAUAGGACAUAUGGCUCAGGAGACCUGGGCCCCUGGGGUCAGAGGCACUUAACUUCUGGGAAGAAUCUGGGACAUGAACCUGAAGGUGCUUCUAGAGCCCAAGGAGCUGGUUUCUAGAGAACUCUGCCUCAGGGCGGCCUGUGUGACCUUGACAGCCCCAAAGCUGGCCACAGGCCCGUGGGGCCCAGGGUUUACCUGGGGCCUCUCAAGGAUCUAAGGCUUCAGCCUGGAAGCUGCUCUCUUGGCUGCUGUGGGCCUAAACCAGCAGGUAGAAGGUGGGGCUUGAACUGGAUAGGUACCCCCCCUCCCCCCCCCCAGGGCUCCUGGCCUGGAACCAGCUAAGGCAGGACUUCGCCCAGCUUUGGAGGCGAGCCUCACCUGACCUCAGCCCCGGGCUGGGACCCAGCUUCCUCCCAGCUUUACCUGGUGGAGACAGGUCUUCAACUGAAUCCAUGCCGCCCAAAGUGGGAGAGCCCAGGCACUGUCCCCAGCCACUGCAGGUGACCAGUGGGCCUCCACUCUGGGACUACUUCUCACCACCGUGCUGGCUGUCUUCCAGGGGGUUGGGCAGGACGGCCAGGGCCCCACCCGGGUUCUUGUUUACAGUCCUCAGUGCCCCGCCCUGGGGACUGGGGGGACACUCACUCCAAUCGCUGCAUCCUAUGAACAGAUUUCACCCUGGCCCCUCCCCCUCCUCUGUCUGGGGGGGGGGAGGGUGGGGGCCUGGGUCCCAUGGGUGCCUCUGUCUGUCGCCAGGGCCUCUUGGCUCUCUGCUGGCUCAGGGGCCAGGGGCACUCGGCUGUGGGUUUUUCUUUGAAGUACAGAGGCGACUACUGUCUGUCUUCCAUCAAUGAAGAUAAGUAGUCCAGUCUCAGCCCUGCCACUUUUGUUACUGUUGGCUGGCUGCAAGGGGUGGCAUUGUCCCCAGGGAGCCAGGCCCUCGAAGGAGACACACAGGCGCCUGCCUGGCUGACCUGGCCCUCUUGUCUCCUGAGCUCAGCUGUCUGCACAGGUGGUGCCUCUGGGGACUCGGUCUGUCUCCUCACCUUUCCCACUGGAGUGGUGUGGCUCUAGUCUGGGAUGGGUUUACAAACUCUAAAGGUACGGGGCGCGGGGGGGGGGGGACAAGGGCAGAGAUACCCCCUCUCCCCAAAGCACAAGAUGAAGUCCAGCUGAUUCUGGGGCUAGGAGAGAUAUCGGCUGUGGACAGGGUACGAGGGCCAAAAUAAAAGC